AUAUUACAGCCCCCUCUCUCAUUGCACCGAAGUGCCGAGGAAGAGCAAAAUGACGGCUGUCUAUUGGCCAAAGUCGCCGGCGCAUGGAUCGACAUGCCGAUAUGGUAAUCUUAAUACGAUGUCGUUAUUUAUCAUCCGCGAGGUCUUGUUUGAACAACUACAACACGCAGUCAAGGGAUUAUGACCAGAGAAAUGAGCAAGAGCAAAGAAACAUAGCAAUUGGCACAUAUGGACUUCAAUUAGGUCUCAACGCCGGGUUCAAUCAUGGGGAAUGGGACCAACGACAGGGCGAUAGCAUAUCGAUGACGUCGCCCACGUGAUGCGGAGCUUCCCCGCCGGAAAAGCGACUCGGAGUCUCCAAGGGCGAUGGAUUCCUCCUCCUGCUCGCCGUUGCUUGAGUUAAAAGGCUCCGCCAUCCCGGGAUUUCACGCAGUCAAUUUCUCUUGUCAGUACUCCUCCUACCUCGCUGUUCGUCGCAUUAUCAUCCCUCGUUCCGUCACAUUCCGAGGUCCAGCUUGUCCCCCGCAUUUCAGCAGGAGGAAGAAGUAUUAGGAAGUAGACGGAAGCUCAGUUCGCUCGGUCUUCUGUCCGAGAUUCUGUGGCGCAUCAGCUUGGUUAUUUAAGCCAGAGGCAGGCAUACUCAUUAACACCAUGGAAAGACUCAUUCGUCCUGUGUCUCGACAGUUUUUGAGAUCGCGCCCUCGUUACCCGUUCUCCAUUCCGCCGCCAAUCUACGCUAAACGACUAUACACGAUGGGUCAUACUGUACCUCCUGUGCGUUGUUUGCCUCGUAGUAGAUGGAAAUGAUUCUGACUUAUCGCCUAUGGUAUCUAGUUGAAAGACCAGUCUCUCUUCAUUGAGAAGGCUUAUGUCAACGGCGAAUGGGUUCGCGCCCAGUCGGGACAGACUUUCGAAAUUCACGGUAGGCACAUUCCUCCACUGGAGCAUACAAUCUGUUAAACUCGGUAAUCUAACUCCUAUGACUAUCGCAGACCCCGCUUCUGGAAAGCUCAUUGGAACAUGCCCCGAGUUCAACGCCACAGACGCCCAGAAGGCCAUCCAGGCCGCUUCCGAGGCCUUCUCGACAUUCCGCAACACAUUGCCGCGCGAACGUGCCCGCAUGCUCCGUCGAUGGUAUCAAUUGAUGAUGGACAACGCAGAUGAUCUGGCAACUCUGAUUACUUGGGAGAACGGCAAGCCCAUCGCGGAUGCCAAAGGCGAGGUGAACUACGCGGCUGGCUUCUUCGAGUGGUUCAGCGAGGAGGCUCCUCGUAUCUAUGGCGACACGAUUCCUUCGUCCGUGGCCAGCAACAGAGUGAUUACUCUUAAACAGCCUGUCGGUGUCUGCGGUCUCAUCACGCCGUGGAACUUCCCUGCUGCGAUGAUCACGAGAAAGGUCGGUCCGGCUCUGGCGGCUGGCUGCACGGUGGUCGUCAAGACCCCCGGAGAGACUCCUUACACUGCCAAUGCUCUUGCGGAGCUGGCCAACCGCGCCGGUAUCCCUAAGGGUGUCUUUAACAUCGUCACUGCUAUGAAGAACACCCCUGAAGUCGGCGAGACAAUCACCACGCACCCCGAGGUCCGCAAGGUGUCCUUCACUGGUUCAACCAACGUCGGUAAGCUGCUCAUGAAGCAGUCGGCGUCCACCAUCAAGAAGGUCUCCUGGGAGCUGGGAGGUAACGCCCCAUUCAUUGUCUUCGAUGAUGUCGAGGACCUCGACACCGCCGUUGCCGGGGCCAUCGCUUCCAAGUUCCGCAGCUCCGGCCAGACCUGCGUCUGCGCCAACCGCAUCUACGUACAACGAGGCGUCUACGACGAGUUCGUGAAGCGAUUCGUCGAGAAAGUCAAGACCUUCAAGCUCGGUGCCGGCUUCGGCGAGGGCGUCACCCACGGCCCGGUCAUCCACGGUCGCGCCAUCGACAAGGUCGACGAGCACGUUCAGGACGCCACCUCCAAGGGCGCCAAGGUGGUCGCCGGAGGCCGCAAGGUCCCCGAGCUGGGCCCCAACUUCUACGAUCCUACCGUCCUGACCGAGAUGAACAAGGACAUGCUGCUUGCGUCCGAGGAGACCUUCGGCCCUGUCGCGGGGCUGUUCCCCUUCGAGUCGGAGAAGGAGGUCGUGGAUCUGGCGAACCGCGCUGAAGUCGGUCUUGCCGGGUACUUCUUCAGCGGUAACGUCCGACGGAUCUUCCGGGUGGCCGAGGCCCUGGAAGUAGGAAUGGUUGGUGUGAACACUGGUCUCAUCAGUGAUGUUGCCUCUCCAUUCGGUGGUGUCAAGCAGAGUGGAUUCGGCCGUGAGGGCAGCAAGUACGGAAUCGACGAGUUCCUUACGAUCAAGAGCGUCACGUUCGGUGGAAUGGGCGAGCCUCUGCAGUCGUAAGAUGGGAAUGUGAAAUGUAAUUGGAACCGCAAAAAGAUAUGUUGAAUAUAGAAACUACAUCUAAUGAAGCAAUUUACGAUUAUUGGCCGAACCUGUCCGCUUCCACUCAUAC